CGACUCCUUCCUACUCCACUGCCAUUGAACCGCAUAUAUACCCCUUCUUCUCUUCUCCUCCCCAUCAGAUCCCUCUGCCAUGAGCACCUCGGACAGCGACGCCGAGAGGCAGAGGCGCUAUGCUGAUGAUCUACAGCUAGACGAGGCGAAACUCACAGCAGCUGCUACCUCGGAACAAGGCGAAGUCUUUCUUUUACAAUGGCUCGCAAAGGUAGAGACGGCGCUCACAAAGGCAGACGUAUCCACGUUGCUGGCUCAACAAAGGGAGCUGGAGAAGACGCUCCUCCGCAUCGUCUCACCUUCUUCCUCUGCCGCCGGCGAAAGCGAUGGAACCUCCUCGCCUUCCCCCUUGCCUUCCUCCUCCUCCAAGGGCCGUACUCCUGCAGCUCAGAUGCCCAAGCCUGGCCGCCCAGCAAGACAACUCAUCGCUCGCUGUCUCAUCCUGCUGCUGCAAAGAGCAGAAUCGCGAUCCCUCUUCGAGACCUCCCACUCCCUCUUACGCAUCGCCGGGGAGGAGCCGACAAAGAUCAAGCCAAACGUGGCCGAAAAGGAAGCCAAGGUCGCGGCCCUCUACAUCCUCGGGGAGAUCUUCGCAGUGCAGGGCCAAAAUGUCAUGUCCCUCUUUCUGGAGAUUACGGCCCUCACACAGAAGCUCUUCAGAAGCAGCGCAUCCCCAGUCAUAUUGCGCUACCAUGCGCUCACAUGUCUGCAAAAGGCUCUGCUCGUGGGAGCCAAGAGUCUCAACGAUCAGCCGGCCAAGGAGAUUGUCAAGAAUCUGCGCUUGGGCUUGGCGGACAAAGCUGGAGCCAUUGUCCGAGGCUGUACAGAGUGCAUCUUGUCAUUAGCCGACCAGACCGACUACCUCGCCAGUCGGAGCGAAAUCGAAGCCGUCAUCUCGCCAGCAUUCAAAGCCCUGGAGACCGCCGACUACGUGACGAAACGCAGCUUAUCUCGCCUCUGUGCUGGCCUGCUAGCUUCUACACAGGCGGAGAAUUCUGCUCCCCCACCCCCGACUUCUGCAAAGCGGUCAGCCAAGAAGAAAAAGGAAGGCGCUGAUGGCGCCGACUCAGAGGAAGAAGAGGCAGCAGCGCAGCAAGCUGCUUCAGCGGCAGCGGGGGGAGCUUCGCGGACACUCUUCUCCCCAGCAGAAGUCCUCGACCAGAUUGCCCAGCCCUUUCAGAGAUCAUCGAGCUCCAAGCGAACUCGCGUUGCCCUCCUAGACGUCUACGCGACCCUCAUGACAACACUAGGCAUUACUUGGACGCAAGCCAACUACGCCCUCAUCGCGCGUCAUCUGAUUGACGAACUUCCAAACCACUUCCGCUCCACUGCCAAUCGCGCAGAGGUCUUGAGCUUACGAACAGGCAUUCAGCUCAUCUUACGCCGAAUUAUCGGGGAGCGCAUGUUGGGGGAGCCUGCACAGGUCCUGGCAGUGCAAGAAAUCUGUGAGAGCUUCAUCAAGCGAUGGCCGGUAGUGAUGCCAGGCCAGCCAGCACCACCUUCAAAGUAUACCCUCGUGAUGGCCCUCAACGAAGUCGCAGGACUGCUGUCCCAACUGGGCACAGCUCCACCGCAGAUCCUCGACGCCCUUUAUGAACCCCUGCUGCGCUGUCUUGGACAUCCCAGCCACUCUGUUCAAAUUAGCGCAGCCUGGUGUCUGCGCGUCCUCUGCACUAUCAACCCCAAUCAGCUACCAACCACCGUCGCUGCUCUGAUCGACACCGUCAAGAAAGACCUCGUGUCACUCGAUACCGCAGGAGAACGCGGAGGUGCUGAGCUGACACGCAGAGCCGUCGGCCACGCCCGAGGCCUUGCUGCUCUCGUUGCCAUCAUCCCCUCGCGUCCUCUCUACACCUCCUUUGAUGUCAGCUCACAAGUCCUCACCCUAGCCGUAGAGCUCCUCAAGAAUUGCGGCAACCACUCCUUGCCAAUCUCUGGCGUCGAGAUUCAAGUUGCUUGGACUUUGCUCGGUGCUCUCAUGUCGCUAGGACCCAACUUUGUUCGCUCCCACCUGCCCCAGCUUCUGCUCCUCUGGAGGAAUGCCUUGCCGAAGCCUACGGCCAAAGACACGACGCCUGGCCCAUCUACCCGUUCUGAUGCCGAAUGGGCCUUCCUGCUCCAUGUACGAGAGAACACCCUCGGCUGCAUCCUUGCCUUUCUCAAUCACAACAGCCGCAGCCUUCUCACCUUGGACACUGCUCGACGCAUUGUAGCCCUGCUAAGCAACACACUUGCAUUCGUAGACGGCUUCUCCUCUCAGCAUCCUCACCUCGCUCAAGAGGAGAUCCCAGGCGCUGAACGCAGCUCCCUGACGCUGCUGGACCGCGAGCACAUGCUUCGUCGCCGCCUGUUCCAGUGCUUCUCUUCCCUCUCCACCAACACCGCCAUGGAACCCCUGCAGGACGCGCUCAUCCCCGUCGCUCUCCAAGCGUUUGCCGAGCCAGACCGGUACGUUGGCACGGCUGCUCAGGCAGCCAUUGCUGCUAGCGCGGGUACCUUCACCACACUGUGGGCCAUGCAGGAUGGCUACGGCUUUGGAGUGACAAGUCUGCAGCGAGACGAGGAGACUUUCAUAGCCGAGGCAUCUGGUUCUGAGCGCUACCGAUCCACCAGUGCUACAACUCGCCCCGACCUUCUCAAUCGUGACUCUAUCGAGGCUCAAAUUGACGCUUUGCAGAGGCGGCCUGUGCUGGGAGCAGCGGAGCACGAUCCUCUCGUCCUCUUUGCCCGCUACGAUGAAAAUUCACGCAGUCAGCCUCCCCUGCCCCCGCCUCCUGCAACGGCAAUGGUAGAUGCUGCGUUGGAGCUCUUCGCCAUCCUGCUACCCUUUCAGGCUCGCGAUGUUCAGAUCUCCGCCUUUGAGACGAUGCUCGCCUACAGCCGCUCUUCGAAGCUGGACAGAAACCCUGGCAGGCGCGCUGCCAUACAGAUCAACGCAUGCGUUGCCACAUUGGGUGCAUUGAGGGUAGCCAUGCAAGGUGGAAUUGGCAUCGCAGGGAAGCGGCCGGCUGGCUUUAACAAUGACCGUUUGACGACGGCCCUACGCGAGGUACUAAAAGAUGCCCUUCUGCACGGCGAUGCUGUCCUGCGCUCCGUCAGUAGCCAGACGUAUGGGCGUCUUGCGGCAGUGGCUGGCUCUCAUGCCAUGUCGAGUCAAGUGCAAUUCCUCGUCGACCAGGUCGUCAGCAACCGAGAUCCGGAUGCGAGAGCGGGCUGCGCUCUUGCAUUCGGAGCCAUCUACAGUGAGGUAGGCGGUCUUUCAGCAGGACCGCUGACGAAGACCAUUGUCAAUGUCCUCAUGUCCCUGUCUAGCGACCCACAUCCUACCGUCCACUACUCUGCUCUAGAAGCCCUGCGAUACGUCAUCGAAGCGGCCAGCUUGAGCUAUAGUGCUUACGUCACAUCAACACUGGGCAUGCUCGUCAAACUCUACAUGCUAGACACACAUGAGCCAGAGGGCGGUAGCGCUGGUUCCGUCAACCUUCGAGCUGAAUUGCCCGCUCACCAGGCCAUUUGUCGGGUGAUCAGUGCCCUAAUCGGCGUAUUGGGUCCCGACCUGCAGGAACCCUCCAAAGUCACAGCCCUCAUCCACGCUCUGCUGCGCGAAUUCUCGAAAGAAAAGGAUGACGGAGCCGUCGUGGAGGCGACUAAAGCUACCCAACACUUCUGCCUCUUUGCAGCCGAUCAGCUCGAUGUCGAAGCUUACAUCGGCCAGCUGACAGACCAUUUACGAUCAAGAAAGCGACCUCGCAAGCUCGCCGCCAUUCACGGCUUCUAUCAGCUUGUCCAACGUCAAGCGCUGUUGGUCAGCAAAGUUGGGGGCGAUGCCUUGGUGGCUGACCUCUUCGCCCAGCUCGAUCUGGAGCCUAGCAUGGACGGAGUCCGAGAGGUGCUUCUCAGCUGGUUGCGUCAAACAGCCGACCUAAGUCCAGGCAGCUGGAUCGACUUGUGUCAGCGUAUCAUGAGCAGAGUCGCCAAGGGUCCCAAGCCAGCGGCAACGACCGCAGCCGCUCCGCCGCCUGGCAUGCUGCAAGAUGAGGAAGCUGCUGCCAUCGACCUGGGAGAUGGAGGAGCUGGUAAUGACGCAGCUGCUUUGCAGGGCAGUCGGUGGAGGACACAGCUCUUCGCCCUUCAAUGCCUGCACGAAGUGUUCGCCGUCGUCCGCCGCUCGGGUCGACUCGAGCACUUUGCAGCUCCUCCUCCCAAUCUAUCGCCUCAACAAACUCGCGCCCUGAUGAGCAGUCGUGUCACUGACCUCAUCCGAAUGGCCUUCACUGCUAGUACAGCCGCCAAUGCAGAGAUUCGCCUCGAAGGAUUGGUGGUGUUGCAAGACGUCAUUGAGUGCUUCAAGCUAGCCAGAGAUCCCGACUUUGAGGAAGCGCUGCUGCUCGAGCAGCACCAGGCCCCUAUUGCGGCGGCUCUUACACCUGCAUUCCUCGCAGAUAGCACACCCGAGGUACUUGCAGCUGCCGUGCGAGUCUGCGCCGUCUUCGUCGGAUCCGGCGUGGUGCGAGAGGUGGACAGGAUGGGCAGGAUCCUCAAGCAGCUCGUGGCCGCCCUAACAUCAUGCAUGGACCCCGAAAUGCAGUCCCUGGGCGAUGUCAAGGACCUCUCACCGAACGCUGCCGCUAUGCUCAAGGUCGCCGUCUUCACAGCUUGGAGUGAGCUCGAGGUGGCGAGCGUCACGCAGGAGUACCUAGUACAAGUAGUGCGACCGCAUUUGCCCUCCCUGGCCCCAUACUGGAUCGGCAGUCUCCGGGAGUAUGCCAAGAUUAAGAUCGAUCCAGAUAGCUCUGCUGGCGGUAUGGGCAUGGACUUCAUGAGCGGCAGCGCGGGGGCAGUCGUGGUCAAUCCCAGCCUCGACUCACAGUACGCUGGUCUUGCCCGGGAUGUCUUGUACCCUCAUUACCAACAGUCUUGGUUCAAGAUGCUACAGGCCAUCAGUGUGUUGAUGAAGCAAAACGAUCCAAUCGUCGCGCAGGCCAUGGAUGGCGAGGUCGUGAGCGCUACCUCUCCACCUCCGACGCCCUCCGCCUUCCGUAGCGAGCCGACCAUCUUCUUCUUUGUACUCUAUGGUCUGGCUUUUGAGUCACUCGCCUCCCACGUUGGCUCUACUUCUAGCAACGCCAUCGAGGCUGCUCGACAGGUGCGGAUCAUGCAAGCUGCGCUCGAUUCGAUGUGCUGCUUGGCAAACCCAGUCUAUGCGGGCACAGCGCUCUUGCAAGAAGGGCAGUUUGCGGAGCUCUGCAAUCUGUGUUAUCGCAUCGUUAUGACGGAAAGCAUGAAGAUCCAGCUAAAAGUGGUAGAGCUGAUUGUGGCUUUGACCACAGGCUACAAGGAGCGUCUGCUGGAUGGAGAUGGGACGCCCACGUCGGCCGUCUCUCCGGCUGGCCCCUCCACUCUCCCUUCCAGCGCCAAGCUGACGCAGCUUCUCCGCAUCAUCGUCUCUGUCAUCACCCGCUCUCGCCUUCAGCCGGGAUUGGCAGACGACAAGGUUGUGCUCGUACGUGCUGCCUUCUCUGCAUACUUCACCGUUGCAGACACAUUUGGUCCCACGCUACAGGAGGACCUCAUGUCCAUCGCUCUCUACCUCUACUCCGAUAUGCUCCGCGACGAGCACGUCGAGGUUGACUUGGUCAGUCCGACGCUAUCCACCCUCAAGGACAUAUGUGAGCGCUCAACGGCGACGAUGCGACCAUCGAGCGACGUUGUUCCUCGAGCUCUGCACGGCUUCCUGUCCUCCGCUCUCAACGCAAUGGACGAGACUCGGGGCAGAGCAGGACAGAUUGUCAUCAACAAGACGAAGAAUUGCCUGAUGACGACGACGAUUGUCCUCACCAGUCUUUCCGCCUCAGUGAAGCUGAGUCAAGCCGCGCUCGAGCAUGCAUGUUAUCACAUCACCUCAAAGAUGGCCGCGGUUCACACGAGUGAUGAAGAGCAACAGCAGGUGGCAAUGACCGCUGCGCAGUGUGGACGCUCGCUCCUUCUCAGCUCGGGCAAAGGGAGUCCAGCGCUGCAGUAUUGCGUUGGCCAGCUGCUUCCGAGUAUGGUCGAGUACGCAGCAAACGUGGGAUCACAAGGCAAGCUCACCACCGCCAGCCUGGGUGUCACAGCUGAAGCAUUCAAGGCUUUCGAGGGGCUCUGCAGUGUUCUCCCUGACUCGCAUCGCGGCAGACUCCUCACUGUCCUGCUGCCCACGCUCAUCCUCAGUCUCGACCCCAACGCCCAACCUGCAGUGCCCCCCCUGCACACACUGGCAGUCCAGACGCUGCUUUCUCUUGCCUCACACCACCCUGUGGCAUUCAAGGAGGCUACUGGCAGGAUUGGAGGUGCAGAGCGAGAGACACUAGAGACCAGCAUUCGCAACGCUGUCGAGGCUGCCAGAGGCGGCGGAGCAGGGCGUGCAGGAGGAGGGAGCGCUGCAGAUGGCCCUCCGAGGUCAGCGGGCGCGUCAGGGAGUGGAACGCCCGGGGCUAGCAUUGCUUUGAAGAGCUUUGGAUGAGGAACGUAGAGCAGCACCGCGAGCAAAUGAUCUUAUAUUGAGAAGUUCAGGCAAAAUGGGGUAUGUGUAAUUGAUCUGAAGCGACUGCUGAGUGAUGCAGCAGUCUCUAAUGUGGAUGAUACAGAGG